AUGGUGGCUGAGCCUUGGAUAUUAAAGAUGGGAAAUCAGAUGAGUGGCAGUUUAAAGCAUGCUUUGCUUCUUGAGAAUUCAAAAAAGUCAUCAUCCAAGAAACAAGAGGCAAAAAUGGUGGCUGAGCCUUGGUUAUUAAAGAUGGGAAAUCAGAUGAGUGGCAGUUUAAAGCAUGCUUUGCUUGUUGAGAAUUCAAAAAAGUCAUCAUCCAAGAAACAAGGUCAGCAAGAAAAAACAAUUAUUGGAAUUCUUUCAUUUGAAGUUGCUAAUGUGAUGUCCAAGAUUAUUCACUUGCAUAAAUCCUUGACUGAUAUUGAGAUUAUUAAGCUUAAAAAUGAGAUCUUGAAGUCUGAGGAGAUAAAAGUCCUUGUCUCUAUUGAUGAUUCGAUGCUUUUAGAGAUGGCCCUUGUUGAGAAACUAGAUUAUUUGAAUAGGGUGAAAGAGUUGGGGUUCUUGGUGAAGGAUAUGGAAAGCAUGGUCAGGAAAAUGGAGAGAUAUGUCAAUUCCACAGAUAGUUUGUACAGUGAAAUUGAGGUCAUGAAUGAGCUGGAGGUGGCCACCAAGAAGUUUCAGCAGAACCAGCAUGAGGAGAGUAGGAAGGCUUUUGAACAGAAAUUGGUGUGGCAGAUACAAGAUGUGAGGCGUUUAAAGGAUGUUUCGCUUUUGAACCGGACAUAUGAUAAGGUUGUCCAGCUGUUGGCAAGGACGGUUUGUACAGUCUAUGCACGGAUAUGUAUAGUAUUUGUGGAUGCCAUUUCAAGAAGGGAUAUUUUGAAUGCUUUGGUUUCCAGGUCACAGGUUAAUUUUAGUGGAAGUAUGCAGCGACUGAAACAAGGAUCUGGACAUAAAUCGGGUGAAUUGGAUUUAGAUCAAGCAGGUCAAAGAAACGCUAGUUUGACAAAUUCAUUUUCAGCCACGAAUAGUGGUUAUUAUGGUCAUUCGGGUCCAAGUGAGAAAGAUCGGUCAGAGCAGAGGAUGAAGAGUGAUGACCGCUUGUUUGGUCCCGAUAAUCUUGCAUGUGUCAUGCAUGAUGAUCCAAGCAGCCAAAUUUCAGGAUACUGUAGCAUUUCAAGUGGCGUGAAAAGAGAGCAACACAUUCUUUCUGGUUAUUCCAUUCAUUCCUUGAAUGGCGAUCCUUUCAGCGGAAACCAGAGGCUGUUUAAGUCUGGGUUGAAAUGGCGCGAGGUUUAG